UCUCGGCUCUUUUGCAUCAUGGCGGUAAAUCUCCCAAGCUUCUCCCAGCCUGGUUUGGAGUGCUUUAAGCAGCUACAACAGGAAGCCGAGUUCCUGGUAUGUUCAGUCAGACAGCUGAAAGACUCCCAGGCCCGAUACGCUCACGCACUGGAGAGCGUAGAGAUCAUGAGCAGAAACAGAAAUGGAGAAUUCCUUGUGCCCCUCACAAGCUAUAUGUAUGUUCCUGGAGCUUUAAACACGGACCACGUCAUGGUGAACAUUGGGGCCGGAUUUCAUGUGGAAAAGAGUAUGGAGGAAGCCAAGGCCUUCUUAAAGCGGCAGAUUGACCUCGUCUCAAAGCAGGUGGAAAAGGUUGAGUCAGUUGUUGAGGAGAAAUGUUUAAUCAUCAAAGGAGUGAAAGCCUCUAUUCUGACAACUGGAGCUGCCAACCACGGGUCAUGAAUUCACCUGCCGUAUGAGUAUUCAGGUGUAGCUCUGCUCUCUGAAGUUUAAUUGUCAUUAGUUUUCUUAAGUUGAUUGUUUUUAUUCGAGUUGUUUGAGAUGUUGUUGCUGGUUUAAACAUUUAAUAUUUUAAAGGUUUAUUUUAGUGCCCUGGUUUUUGGGUGAAACGGCUCGGAUGUGUUUUCUUCAAAAUGUUUCACCUGUAUGUUAAAACCCAGGAAUAUAUCCUGGUAGGUUAUAGGGUAAAAAAAAUAGGGUAGGCAAGAAUAAGCUUUGCUUCAGCCCAUUCCUUUUUUGGUAAAUUGUGGGUUAUUUAUUGUUUAUUGUCAUUUCUUUGUUGUUUCUGGUGAUGUGGACAGUUUACCAAAAUAAAAUAGAUAAAUCAAUCAAAUGAAUCAAUCAAUAUUUUUUUUUUAGUGUUAGAGGAACAUGCUGUGAUACAUUGUUAUAGGAAAAAUAA